AUGGCCUCCAACACUGUCAGUCUGAGCGCAGUCUACACCGCUCCUCAAGCCACCGAAACUUUUGAACAUGUGAUCUCAACCACGACCGGCACCUUAGCAGCUAAGCAAGCCCACCUGUCAGCAUUGCAGGCGCUCGUACCCAAACUGCAGGACGAGAUCAACGUCUUCCUUACGCAGCGUAUGGAAGAAGACAAGAAGGCGCAGGGCCAGCUUUCAGCUCAGGAGGCCAAGGAGGAGGAGAACUAUGGGGAGGAGGUGAUAGAGGAGGAUGCAUGA